AUGACAUCUUUACCACCACCUUACUAUAACAACGACCCCAAGUCCUUUGCGUAUCCUUCAGCUCACAAACGAUGGCCUACAAUCUUAACCCAGGCAAUUGAUGAUCUCUCCCAGGCCAUUGGUGUCUUGGUAUCCAAAGGUUCUACAGAAUCUGUGGUGGCCGAGGGCAAAAAUCUAAUCCAACAAUUGUCUACUAUUCUAUACGAUCUUGAUCAUGAUCGCCCAAUUGCUCCAUUUACUGCUGAAGUCACAGCCAAAGUUAAGGACCUGGCAUCUUAUAAUACAGGUAUAGCUACAUUGGAACCAGAACGUACCACGUGGCACACUGCACCUUGGCUCAUUUCUGAGUGUGUACUAUACCGUCGCAUUGCUCUUGUUUUUGAGACUGCUGAGUCGCCUGAAUGGCAAGCCUAUGAUGUAUUUGGAGCAUCCAAGCGUGCCGGAUUAUUAUCAUCACGAGUAGCCGUCACUGAACUUGCAGUUCGAUAUGCUCAGGUAUCUUCUCAAUGGCCUCAGAAACAUGAGGUUGAGAAAUUGCGUCAGUUGUUUUCUGAAUUUGUGGAUAUUGCACUAUGGGGGAAUGCAACUGACUUGUCACUACUGAUUGGUGCAGAUGCAUCUGACUUGGCAAAAGUUCAAGGCCAUGCAGCACGCGCUCAACAGGAAGCCAAUGUACUUGUGAAUGACACCCAGGAUGCUUGGGAUGCCGUAUAUGGAGCACAUGAGGCUGGUGGGGCUGCUGCACGUGUGGAUUUUGUGUUGGAUAAUGCUGGGUUUGAAUUAUAUUCAGAUUUGAUUUUUGCACUAUUUUUAUUAGACUCGAAGCUUGUUGACAAUGUAGUGUUGCAUCCCAAGUCUGUGCCUUGGUUUGUGUCUGAUGUUGUGCCUGCAGAUAUUGUUGCGCUUGUACACCAGAUUAAGGUGUUUGCCGAAGAGGCGGAAGAGGAGGAGGAGACUACUCAGAGCAAGACAAGCAAGACAAGCAAGGCUGCUCUUAACCUUAUUGCCGACAAGCUUGCCUUUUACCUUGGAGAGGCUAGUGAGGCUAAUGGAGUAAACUCUAAAGGACGUAUUAGUGUUCGGACCAAUGUUUUUUGGACAAGUUAUUUGUCAUAUAGGGAUGAGCUUCAUCCUGGGGGGAAAGGAGGAGGAGCACAAGCAUGGGAAGAUUUGAAGGAUUCUGGUCUUGUUAUUUUUAAGGGUGAUUUGAAUCAUCGUAAGCUUUUAGGGGAUUUGGAAUGGCCACGGAAUACACCAUUUUUGAGUGGAAUUGGUAGUAAGUUGGCUGCAUCUGGGGUUCGGUUGGUUACGUUACGGACUAUAAAGGCGGAUGUUGUUGUUGGGCUUAAGGAGGGUCAGGAGGAAGAGUUGAAUGAUGAAUGGAAGAAGAUAGGAAAUAAUAAAGGAGAUGAUGAUGGACGUGGAUGGGCUUAUAGUGGGAAAUGGGCUGUAAUUGAAUAUUCAGAUGGGAGUUUGUAG